AUGAUUUAUAGUAAAACCAACACAUCAAACAUUACUAUAGCUCAGGACUGUUACCUAGCCUGUAAGGACACCAGGGACCGUUACCUAGCCUGUAAGGACACCAGGGACCGUUACCUAGCCUGUAAGGACACCAGGGACCGUUACCUAGCCUCUAAGGACACCAGGGAUCGUUACCUAGCCUCUAAGGACACCAGGGACCGUUACCUAGCCUCUAAGGACACCAGGGACUGUUAUCUAUCCUCUAUGGACACCAGGGACUGUUACCUAGCCUCUAAGGACACCAGGGACUGUUACCUAGCCUCUAAGGACACCAGGGACUGUUAUCUAUCCUCUAAGGACACCAGGGACUGUUACCUAGCCUCAAAGGACACCAGGGACUGUUACCCAGCCUCUAAGGACGCCAGGGACUGUUACCCAGCCUCUAAGGACACCAGGGACUGUUACCUAGCCUCUAGGGAUGCCAGGAACUGUUAUCUAGCCUCUAAGGACACCAGGGACUGUUACCUAGCCUCUAGGGACACCAGGGACUGUUACCUAGCCUCAAGGGACACCAGGGACUGUUAUCUAUCCUCUAGGGACGCCAGGGACUGUUACCUAGCCUCUAAGGACGCCAGGGACUGUUACCUAGCCUCUAAGGACGCCAGGGACUGUUACCUAUCCUCUAAGGACGCCAGGGACUGUUACCUAUCCUCUAAGGACGCCAGGGACUGUUACCUAGCUUCUAAGGACACCAGGGACUGUUACCUAGCCUCGAAGGACACCAGGGACCAUCACAUGAAAAUGAUAGAUUGA